AUGGUAAAAAUCCUUUCCAAUGUAUUGAUCUCAUUGACAUUUGUAUAUUUCUGCGGUGCUCAUCCUCAUAAGACUAAUGUAAAGGAUCUGGAAAAGGAACACAUGUUGACGACGAACGAGUACUAUGUUGAAAAAGUGAAUCAAAUGGCCGGCAUUAGCUGCGAUUUGUGUAUGCGAGCCGUUUAUGGUGUGAAUUAUGAUUUCAUACAGCUGAAGAAAGAUGUCAUCGAAAUGAUUCGGUUGGACUGUGAAGCAUUGUUUCAUGAUCGUGCUGAAGAUAUCUCAGAAUGCAUUCGUUUUUUGACUACCAAAGUGCAGAAGUACGCUGGAAAAGUGGAAAAGAUUCUCGACUCACGACAUGUCUGCGUUCUUCUACGAGUCUGUGCGGCUAAUGAUGAGGAUUACGUGUUGAAGAAUAAAAUGAUCAGCAGCAACAAAACGGAUAUUCAGUGA